UUCUUUUCUAGAGCUUUCAUUAGCUACUUGGGCACCAUACCACAACUAAGAGAGCUGCCAAGAGAAAGCCAAGAGUCACGUAGUAGUGAUGGUAAUCGUAAAUCGGAAUUCGAUAAUGAAUAUGCCAAUGUGGAGUUAACAGACUUAAAGAAAAUAGCCACUUUGGGCUCGGGUGCCUUUGGCAAAGUCGACUUAGUGUCUUAUGACAAUAAGACAUUUGCUUUGAAGAUAAUUAAGAAAAUUGAUAUUGUUAAACAGGAUCAGAUAGAACAUGUCUAUAGUGAAAAACAUGUCAUGAUGAAAUGUCGCAGUUCUCCCUUUAUAAUAGAAUUAUAUAAAACCUUCCGCAAUGAGAAAUUUGUCUACUUCCUAAUGGAGGCCUGCAUGGGUGGUGAUGUUUGGACGGUAAUGUCACAGCGACGCUUUUUCGAUGAAAAGACUGCUCGUUUUAUAGCCGGUUGUGUGGUGGAAGCUUUUGACUUUUUACAUUCGCAUAAUAUUAUCUAUCGGGAUUUGAAACCGGAGAAUUUAAUGUUGACCACCGAUGGUUAUUGUAAAUUGGUUGAUUUUGGUUUUGCCAAACACAUACCAACCAAUCAAAAAACUCAUACCUUUGCGGGAACCCCAGAAUAUGUGGCUCCUGAAAUUAUUUUGGACAGAGGUCAUGAUCGUUCUGUAGACUAUUGGGCUUUGGGUAUUUUGAUAUUUGAAUUGCUAGUGGGUAAGACACCUUUUAGAGGACAAAAUCAAAUAAAAAUUUAUCAACAAAUAUUGGGUGGCAUUGAUGUAGUACAAAUGCCCUCGAAAAUACCUAAAUCGGCUCAGGGUUUAAUAAAAGCUUUAUGCAAACAAUUGCCUGCCGAAAGGUUGGGCUAUCAACGUAAGGGUAUUUUGGAUAUUAAAAGGCACAGCUGGUUCGAUAGUUUAGACUGGCAAAAGCUGCGCAAUAAACAACUUCCCUCACCUAUUAAACGACCCAUUACCAGUAAUACCGAUUUGCAAUACUUUGGCCCGUCUGGCGUGGAAAAUGAUGUAGAUCCUCCUCCAGAAACCAGUGGUUGGGAUAUUAAUUUUUAAACUGUGUUUUUCUAUUCCUUUUGAAAUAUUUGUUAAAUUUAAAAUUAAUGUUAAAUUCCAAAGAAUUUUAAAUGUGUAUUUAAUUAAACAAUGGUUAUUAGUUUUAAAAUUGUAAUUAAGUAUUUUUGUAUUAUAAAAUAAUGUUUACUCGUACUGUAAUGAUAAAAGACAAUAUUUUGUUAAUUUAAUUUGUAAAACAAGCGAAUAAAAUAAAAUUUGAAUUAUUUAUAUAAUAUUUAUAAAUAAGAUAAAA